ACAGCUCAGUCCGCGUUCUGGCUUGGUCAAAUCACACACGAGGGCACCAGUCCCUUUCUUUUGAAUGGCGAGGACUACCAGGUUUUCCGUAAUGUAAAAGAAUACGGCGCUGUCGGCGAUGGAACGACCGACGACACCAAUGCUUUCAACCGCGCCAUCACGGAGCAAAGUCGAAUGGGUGGAGGAAAAGGCUCUGGAGGAACAACAGGCCAGCCGGCGUUGAUCUAUGUCCCACCUGGGACUUACGUUGUUUCAUCGAAAGUCCAGCUAUUCGUCGGUACACAACUAAUUGGCGACGCUGUCAACCGGCCUACGAUCAAGGCAUCACCCAAGACCAGGAAUAGUACCAAGAUCAUCGACGGUUACGACUUCGGCACGCAGUCGACCACGAAUUUUUACAUCGGCGUCCGGAACAUCAUUAUCGAUACGACCGCAGCUACCUCGAAUGACACAAUCUUUGCCCUCAACUGGGCUGUGUCUCAGGCGACGAGCUUAAUCAAUGUCGACUUCGUCAUGCCGAAGGGCAGCAAUCAUAUUGGAAUCGAGAUGAAUGGCGAAACCAGCGGCGGUGGCUCAGGGCUAUUCAUGGGAGAUCUCAACUUUGUUGGAGGACGGUUUGGCAUAUUCUUCAGCAACCAGCAAUAUUCGAUCCGAGGCUGCAGGUUCACAGAUGUUGGUACCGCGAUCAAAAUCGACCAUGCCUUCGUUGUCACGCUUCAGCAGAUCGAAUGUGUCAAUGUCGAAAUUUGUGUCGACAUGGGCGGAUCCGGUGUCACCGGGUCUCUCAGCCUGAUUGAUAGUUCCUGCGUUUCGUGCGGAACGGUUGUGAGUGGCUCGAGUUCGAUCGUGUUGGAGAAUAUUGCGGUGAGAGAUUCGGGACCUACUCUGAAGGUCGAUGGAGUGCCACGCAAUCUUGGAGACUUGACCGGCAAGACAUAUGCAGCUGGUCACAUCUUCCGCACUUCCGCCAGUGGGACUUUGCUUCGGUACACCAAACGUGGCAACCUCGUCGAUUCUAGUGGACGCUACUUUUCGAAAGAGCUGCCACAGUAUGAACAAUACCCGGUAUCCGCUUUUGCAUCUGUCAAAUCGGCCGGUGCCAAAGGUGACGGUGCGACGGACGAUACAGCUGCUAUUCAGCAGGCAUUACUUCGAAACGCCAAUUGCAAGAUCACAUACUUUCCUCACGGUAUUUACCUCGUGACGGAUACCAUUUAUGUCCCUCCUGGCAGCAGAAUCGUCGGCGAGGUUUGGUCUACCAUUAGUGCCUCUGGCGCAAUGUUCAAGGAUGAGAAUGCUCCCAGGCCUAUGAUCCAGGUCGGCAAGCCUGGAGAAGUCGGUCUCGCUGAGUUUACAGACAUGCAGUUCUCAGCGGCUGAUGUCCUUCCUGGAGCGAUCCUCGUCGAAGUUAACAUGGCCGGUAAGAAUCAAGGGGACGUUUCUUUCCACAACACACACUAUCGUGUUGGAGGAGCCGCGGAUUCUCUCCUCGAGACAGCUUGCCAGACCAUCUCCGAGCCAUGCAAAGCAGUCUUCCUUGUGCUCCACCUCACGAAGAGCAGCUCGACAUACAUUGAGAAUGCGUGGCUGUGGUCAGCCGAUCAUGAUCUCGACAACGUCUACGUACAGCAGAUCGGCACUGGUCGAGGUAUGCUUGUCGAGGCCACGAAGGGAACAUGGCUCGUCGGGACAGGCUCCGAGCAUCAUACCCUCUACGCUUACCAGUUUGUGGACGCUAGCAAUGUCUUUGCAGCUCUAAUGCAGGUUGAGACACCCUACUGGCAGCCUCUACCUCGAGCGCCACUACCAUGGACACCAGACGCUGCCUGGAAUGACCCGGACUUCGCGGGCUGUCAAGCGAGCAACAUCUCGCAAUGCAACAUGCAAUGGGCGCUUCGUAUCAUCGGCAAGAACACCCACACUCUGCCAUUCUACGGCCAAGGUUUCUGGCUGUUCUUCAAUGGGCCAAACUACGGUCCCUGCACUGGCCCAGGCGGGACUUGUCAGAUCAACAUCGUUGACCUGGAGGAUGUGGGACGAAACGCCGGCGUGGAGCUGUACAAUCUCAAUACGAAGGGCGUCCAGAAUUUGAUCACUGUUGGCGGCUCGAACGGCGUUGUGGUUACUACGGAGAAGGCAAGUCCUGGCAGUUGGGGUGGGUUGGUUGCAGCCUUC